AUGUGGGCUUUGAACCCAUCACUCCUCAUGGAGAAGCUCAAGGUUUCAAACUACGUAAAAGAGUUCUUCCUCCUCGCUGUCCUCAUUUCCUUCCCCCCACUCACUUGUCCACCCGCUCCAACUGGCUGCAGCCUUCCUGACUCCAACAAAGUGCUUGAUAAGGUCUCUGCAGAGGAAAAGGCUGCCGAGAUUACUAGGAAGCUGGAGAAACAGGAGAAGAAACACUUGAAGAAGGAAAAGAAAAGGCUGGCUGCAAUUGCCCUGGCACCUUCAGAAAACAGCAGAAGGACCCUGGAAGAGUGUGAGGAGACAAGUGAAAGACCCAAAAAGAAGCAAAAGCAAAAGCCCCAGGAGGCUCCUCAGGAGAAUGGAAUGGAAGACCCAUCUGUCUCCUUCUCCAAACCCCAAAAAAAGAAAUCUUUUUCUGAGGAGGAGCUGGUUAGUAGUGAUCUUGAGGAAACAGCUGGCAGUGGAAGUCUUAGCAAGAAGAAGAAAUCUUUCCCCAAAGAGGAACCAGUUAGUGACCCUGAAGAGUCAGGAAACAAGAAGGUCCCCAGGCAAAAGAGGAAAUUCUCUUCCAAGGAGGAGCCACUCAGCAGUGGACCCGAAGAGGCUGCUGCCAGCAAGAGCAGCAGCUCCAAGAAAAAGAAAAAGCUCUGA